AGAUUGAAACGUGCGUUGUACCCAUGCCCGAUGGUUUAAGAACAGUUCGUAACUCUUUUGUCCGAUCGCUUUGUUUCAAACAGCACAAAAAGGAUUUCUGCAGAUUUGCGAAUGGAAUCUCACAAAUAUUCUCUGCGAUAAUUCUAAUUUACAAGGAAUCUUCGGAGUUUUAACUCGUCGUUCGGAAAAAAUGAACCUAAACGAAAGAAGGAUGUCCUUCAUAUGGGCAUUAUUGAUUACUGCUGCAAUUUUUAUUGAUACCACUAAUGGGGUCGCUGUUAUGAGUAUCGACAUUGGUAGCGAAUCAAUGAAAGUUGCUGUUGUGUCUCCUGGUGUUCCUAUGGAAAUAGCUCUUAAUAAAGAAUCGAAGAGGAAAACACCUGUUACAAUUGCUUUCCGAAAUGGGGAAAGAAGUUUUGGGGAAGAUGCUCAAGUAGUAGGAAUUAGGUCACCUCAAAGUAGCUUUUCAUACAUGUUAGAUCUUUUAGGAAAGUCAAUAGAUAAUCCAAUGGUUCAGCUUUACAUGAAAAGAUUCCCUUACUAUGAUAUAAUUUCUGAUGAAGAACGAAACACGAUCGCGUUUAGGCUUAACGAAAAUACUACUUAUACACCGGAGGAGCUGCUUGCACAAAUUUUACACAAGGGGAAGGAGUUAGCAGAAAAUUCAGCUCGUCAGAAAAUUAGCGAAGCGGUGAUAACUGUUCCCGGAUUUUUCAAUCAGAUCGAAAGAAGGGCUCUCGUACAAGCUGCAGAACUUGCUGGGAUCAAGGUGUUGCAACUAAUCAAUGAUUAUACCGCCGUUGCAUUGAAUUACGGAAUAUUUAGAAGCAAGGAAAUAUCCACUACCGCUCACUACGUGAUGUUUUACGAUAUGGGAGCGAGUAGUACAACUGCGACGCUCGUCAGUUAUCAAAAUAUAAAAACAAAGGAGAAGGGAUUUGCUGAAACUAAUUCUCAUGUUGGUGUUUUGGGUGUCGGUUACGAUCGUACAUUGGGAGGGCUGGAGGUACAACUUAGAUUACGAGAUUACCUAGCUAAAGAAUUUGAUGCUUUAAAUAAAACAUCAAAUUUAGCGUCUAGUAAUCCGAAAGCUAUGGCUAAACUUUUUAAAGAAGCCGGCCGUGUUAAGAACGUGUUGAGCGCGAAUACCGAACACUAUGCCCAGAUCGAAGGACUUAUAGAUGAGCAUGACUUCAGGAUGAAAGUAACCAGAGAAAAAUUGGAACAACUUUGUUCCGAUUUAUUCGAGCGAGUCGCUGAUCCUAUUAAGAUGGCUUUGCAAACAUCAGGUUUAACAAUGGAUAUCGUAUCUCAAGUAGUAUUAGUUGGAGCAGGUACUAGAAUGCCAAAGAUACAGGAACAAUUGAGUCAGUAUUUAACAGUAGAAUUAUCGAAGAACAUAAACACUGAUGAGGCAGCUGCAAUGGGUGCAGUGUACAAAGCUGCUGAUCUUAGUAAAGGCUUCAAAGUGAAGAAGUUUGUUACCAAAGAUGCAGUACUCUUUCCUAUACAAAUAAUGUUUGAUAGAACUGUUGAUAACAAAGUAAAACAAAUUAAAAAAUCGUUGUUCGGUAAAAUGAAUCCUUACCCGCAAAAGAAAAUAAUCACAUUUAACAAGUUCACGGAUAAUUUCCAGUUUGAUAUUAAUUACGCCGAACUGGAUUAUUUGCCGCCUCAUGAAGUAGCUGUUAUUGGCAACCUACAUCCAUCCACCAUAAUGUUGUCUGGAGUUGCUGAAGCUUUAGACAAACACGCUAAGGAAGGUGCAGAAAACAAAGGAAUUAAAGCUCACUUUGCUAUGGACGAUAGUGGGAUUCUUAAUUUGGUGAAUGUAGAACUAGUAUCCGAAAAAGCAGGUUCAGCUCCCAAUGAAGAAGAGGGUACUUUCUCAAUACUUGUCUCAACUAUUAGUAAACUUUUUACAGGCUCGGAGGAUGAUGAUAAAGAUAAGGACAAAGAGAAGGAUAAGGACAAGGACAAAGACAAAGAGACGAAGCCGGAGGAACCCUUGAAGGAGGACGUGAAACCCGUUCACGAAGAACCAGAAUACCCGGAGGUACCAAAAGAGGCAGAAGAUAAAAUGAAGAAAAAGAAUGAGACUACGAGCGCGGAGGAUAAAACGGCGAACAAAACUGAGAAGAUCGAGAAGGAGAAGAAGUCUACAAUUAUAACAAUCAAGGAGCCCAUCAAAGCCGAAGAAAUCAAGUUGGGACCGCAAAUACUUUCUGGGGAUAAGCUAGCCGAAUCACGUGAAAAAUUACAUCGUUUAGAUGAAUACGAUUUCGAGAAAACAAGACGCGAGACAGCUUUAAACAAUUUAGAAACGUUCAUAAUCGAUGCACAGCAGAAGUUAGUAUCUGAGGAGUAUACAGUCGCUGCCACUCCCCCGGAGAUAGAGACUAUAUUAAAGGCGUGUUCAGAAAUAUCUGAGUGGUUGUACGAAGAUGGAUUCACUGCGUCUGCGGAAGUGUUUGAAGAGAAACUGGCCGCGCUUCAGAAAUUAACCAAGGAUUUGUACGAGCGUGUCUACGAACACAGGGAACGUCCAGAAGUAUUAAAACGCAUGACAUCUAUAUUGAGUGCCAGCGUAGCGUUUUUGAACAAAACGCGCAAUUUAAGUGAAACGAGUGAUAUCUUCACUCCGAUCGAGAUCGAAACAUUAGAUAAAGUAAUCAACGAGACUCAGGAAUAUUUUGAUAAUGUUCUUAAAUCUUACGAGGAGACAGCACCGCAUGAACCCGUGAAGUACAAAGUUCGCGAAAUUGCGAAUAAAUUGGCAGUGCUCGACAGAGAAGUGAAGUAUCUUCUGAACAAGGCGAAGAUAUGGAGACCGAAACAAGAGGCUGCGACGAAUCAGACGGAAAGCUCAAACGCGAACACCACAGACACAAAGAAAGAAACGACAAUAGAAACAGAGACGUCGGAGACCACGGUGCCAGAUAACGAAGAGGCUCCAUCGAGUCAUGAAAGUCCCGCCCAGGACGGAGUGCACCAAGAACUUUAAAGAGACAACAACAUUUAUUUAAAACUGUGUGACUUUUUAUUAUUGACCGAUUUUGCUUCGGUUGAUAAGUUAGGCAAUUUAUUGUGUUGUAGGGCAAGUUUACAAGAUGCAUUUAAAGAACUUUAAAUUAAAUUCACGAAAUUGUAUUAUCGUCGCUGAAUGAAUAUUGAGGCGUUGGUCUAUUAUAAUUAAAUACGUUUGUAUACAGGUUCUAAGAAACCAGUUCGUUCAUUCUUCAUACGGAAAAGAAAUGAAUUCGAUAUCUCGCGAAGUAUUAAAUAGAAAAAGAAACGAAAAACCGACCACAUCGUUAUUUAUAAUGGAUUUUGUGUUUUAGGUGCCAAGCAAUCUAUAUAACGAGUUUCGGAUCAAAUGGUACUGUAUUUUACAGCAGGAAAAUUUCUUAUUUGAGUCAUUAUUUACAAAUGACGUAAAACAUAAUACUUGGUCGGGCUUCAUUGAUUACGGAUACGAUAUUUAAUUGUGAUACUUCUUGAUACUAUAUUCUUAGACAUAUUACGCUAUAGCUUAAAACUGAUUUUUUACCAACAUCUAGAAACGAGCAUCAUAAUUACAUACGUACAUACGAGGCGAUGUUUUUGUCAAUAACAAUAUAAUGUUUUAUUCUAUAUUGUUUCUCACAUUCCUGAUUCAUUAAUUCUCGCUGCAAGAUGCCUAACUUUUACAAUACGUACGCUUCACUGUACCGGCAAUGCAAUUCAUUUCAAAGCAUGAUGAUUGUAUUUCGAAUUUUAUAACUGUUUAAUGUAUACUAUUUACUGUACGGUACUAAGCGAGGUAAAUUCAGUUUUCAUAAUGUUAUUCAGGAAUUCGACAAUUUUUCGAUUCGAACCAUUCCAAUGGAUAUGCAUGUAAUUUCAAGUCCUCGAUUAUGUUAUUUAUUCAAUUUUGGGUGAAUAAAGCAGUGUGUAAACUAUUGAUGAAGUAAAUACUAACAUAAAUCAG